AUAAGAUUUAAAAUGGCCAAUUCUCAAGAGAAGAUGUAAUAGGAUUAUAUCUGGAUCAGAGAUCAAUCAACAGGGGAUGCUGAUGUGAAGAUGCGAACCUUCGGAUAACAUUAUCUCUAUUAUCAUGCUCCAAACAAAAGAGAGCGAUUGGAAAUGAUUUGGAGAUCCAUGGGAAAGGCAUACGAUUGGGAAAUGGAGAAAUUCAGAGUACUACCCUCAUUAACAAUUAGAUGCAAAAAAAAUUCAUUGACAGAGGCAAUAAAAGGAGAUUCUUCAAAAACUUUUUCAGAUUCAUCAAGAACCCUUUCGGUUACAUCUAUUGGAAGACCUACAAAAUCAGACAACCCAAGGGCAGAAUCAUCACAACAAUGCUCGGUCUAGGAGUAAUUGGAACAUUGUACAAAUACAAAUUGGAAUCAAGUACCAAUUCACUCUAUCCCACUUAGAUCAGAUCCAAAAAAGAGAAUAUUAUUUAUUGACUGCAGGCAAGAACUCAGAAGGAAGUGGACUCAUCAACACUGGCUACAACAAUGACAAGUUUAUAAUUUAUUGCAUGCUUUUAGAUUGGCUCGUCAAGGAAUGCCCCUCACUCAGAUGUUCUACUCCUAUUUAUUGGCCAAAGAUAUCGUCGUCUCAAGAUCACGAGAUCAAAACUACAGAAAAUACUUUGAAAUCAGAAAAAAGUAUUAGAUCAAAGAAUGAGACCACAAUAUACACAUAUAUAAAUAUAUAUAAUAAAAU